GCCCAGGGCCCGGGCGGGGGCGAUGGAGGAGGCACUGCUCUCCACCCCCAUCAACCCCAACAACUUCCCCGCCAAGCUGUGGCGGUUGGUGAACAGCCCCCGGUACCGCUCGAUCCGCUGGGAUGGCCGCGGCGAGGGGCUGCUCAUUGACCAGCCGCUCUUCGAGGCCGAGCUGCUCAGCCCGCCCGGGCCGGGGGCCGGGGGCGGCGGCGCUGGGGGCGGCGGCGGGGCCAGCGGCAGCGGCGGCGUCGGGGCGGGGGCCGAGCCCGAGCUCUUCAAGACCACCAACUUCACCAGCUUCAUCCGCCAGCUCAACCUCUACGGCUUCCGCAAGGUGGUGCUGGGCGGGCCGGGCACGUCGGGGCCCGGGCCGGGGCCUGGGGGCGGCGGGCCGGCCGGCGACGGGCCGCUCCACCACUUCCACAGCCCUCACUUCCGCCGCGACCAGCCGCAGCUGCUCGUGCACCUCAAGAGGCUGACCAGCGCCAACAAGGCCAAGCUGGCGGCCGGCCUGGAGGUGCCCUGCCGCCCGCCCAACCGCUUCCAGAGGCUCCUCAUCACCUCCGCCUCCGCCUCCGCCUCGGCCUCCACCUCCCCGCUGCAGCCCCAGGAGCCGCCGCCCGCGCCGCCCCCGCCCCCGCCGCCCGCGGGGCCCCGGCCGGAGCAGCACGGACCAGUGGCUGUAGGACAAUUCCACCGGUCAUUCCGGCGAGAUAGUUUGUCUCCUUACUCCUACGUAUCAACUUCAUCCCACAACCACAGUACUUUCCCUCUGAAAGGUUUAGAUCGGACCCCGAUUCCUCCUAGAACAUGGCAGAACUCCCUUGGAAUGCACCCAGGACAAGUGGAAACGUCUCCCACUUUUUCAGAUAAAGGGGUUCCAUUUCCUGUACUGCAGAGGUUUCCAACUGAGGUUACCUAUACCCUGCAGCCCAGCGCCACAUCCGUACACAUUCAGCAAGGUCCUCAAACAAUGGUCAGCUCCUCCCAAAAAUAUAGUAACUACACACCCUCAGCGCAGUACUCCCAAGCCUACUAUCCAACAGCUGUGCUACAGUGCUGCUCUCCUUCUACCCAUAUGGAUGCUCUAAGUAGUUGUGUCACUCCCACUGCCUCUUCAUAUGCUCACUGCAACUACUUCCAGAAUCCUCCAAUGCAAUCCUCCUAUCCAGUUGAAUUUCUGCCUUCUAGUUGGCCUUGCAGUGCUACUGAUGAAAAUAAAAAGACAGAAGUAAACCUAGAGGCUGUUUUUCAGAUAGUAGAUGAGUUGCAUUCCUCCCCUAAAUUGGAGAUGGUAAAGGUGGAACCUGUUGAGAAUCAGUGCCCAACAUCUCAAUCUAACAGAGGCCAACAUAUUCUAACUAAUUCAAACAACAGCAACCCAUCUUCCACAAGUCAGGCUAGCCAGCUGGAGCCACUCACUCCUGUAGGCUCAGAUAUUACAUCUUUUGUGGUUGGAACAGAACAAGCAAUUACCUGCUCUCUACCACAGUCACCUGAGUACAUCUAUACCAUCCACACAGCUCAACCUGUUGAAAAUACUACCAUGCAGGAAUCUGCAGCCAUCCAACAAGCUCAUGUCAAACUGAAGGAGCAGCUAAGUCAUAAUCCAUCUCCAUCUUCAGUAGUAUUUGUACAGGAAGGGCUACCAUUCAGCUCACACCAGGUGGAUGCCAGUAUAAAAUGCCAGACCAAUCCACCUGAGAAUAUCUUGCCUUCAGAACAGAUGGGAUUCCUUAUUUCGGAAAUGGGGCCUGCUAGCAAGCCUAGUAAAGACACAGGUUUAUCUACUCCAGCCAGAUACAGAGAGCGAAGAAGCAACUCACAGCAAGGAAAAUCCCCUGAUCUUCAUCUGCUGGUGGAUGUGGCCUGCAAGCAGGAACACUUUCCAAAGGAGGAAGAAUUAAAAGAGUGAGGAAUGAAUGACAAAUGUGACAUUGUGCACUAGCUGUAGCUGGAGGCAGACUAGUCUUGCACAUGACAUACUGUUGGGAUUUUUUUUUAGUUCUGUUAAGGAAAAAAAAAGUAUUUUUUGUUUGUUAAUUGAGAAUUUUGUUAAUUGAGAAUUGGGAAUUUGGUAUUUACUACAGCUGUUCAGUUCAGAUUAUUUACCUUGACAAACUACUAAACAUCUAGCGGCCUCGUUUUCUUUUUUUUUUUUUUCUUCCCAGACCCCUUCCAAAUGAAAAGUCCUGGCCUUCUGUUACAGUCAAGAAGCAUCUAAUAACUGCUGCCUCUAUGGUACUGGAGAAUAAUCUGUGUGUGUACUGAUUUUAUCGUCUUGCCACUCUCAAACUGUAGUCAGCACAACUCCAGUGAGAAUUUCAGUCUGUCUGUUUCAUAGUACAUUGUGAUCCUUUUAGAGACAAUUGUGAGAAAAAAAAAGCAUGUGAGGUGACCAAGAUCACAGGUCUAAAUGGGUCAGGAAUUCCAGGGAAGAAACUCUGGGGAAGAGCUAAUUUUCUAAGUGAUUAACCAGGAAAUGCUCUUACUUCCUAACCCAGCAUUCUGUUUCAAGAGCAAGGCAUCCGGACUUGGACCAUUCAUCACACUUAAUAGCCCCUGAUUCUUUUAUAUUAAUGGGAGUAUUCUUCUGUUUUCAUUUCUUUAAUUUUAAUGAUACAUUGUCCUAAACGGUAAGAAGGUUUUGUUAAUAUAUCACUUACUUAAAUGUCUUCUAGAGAAAACUAUUUAGCUUGUUUAAUAUAAUUGUAUUUAUGAAUGCUGGUAGAUUUAAAAGUUUGAAAGCUUUAUAUUUUUAUUAAUGUUGCAGGAUAGAAGGAUAAAGGAUGCAUGUAUAAUAUUUUUAUUUUGAAGGGAAAAUGUACAAUGUGUGAACAAAAACAUUAAGAGAUUUGACACAGUGUUUUCUUAUUUUAGAUUUUUACAUUCAGUAAGUAUAAAUCCUCAUCUGUAUAAGAUAUUGUGUGCAAAUUUGGGAGAAAUUGAUUGGUAGUCAUUUAACAGAAGCGAUAACAGAUAUUUUUAAUAGUUUAUAUCUGGUUUAAGUUUCUGAGAGAAUUUUGGAUAGUGGGAUAAAGCAUAACAUUUUUAUCUUAUCCCCUCUGUAGGAGUCUGAAUUUGAGUAGUAGGAUUCGGGGACUGGUUUUGGGGAGAGGUAUCUUGUCCAGUUUCUGUGGUUGAUCCCUCACUUGCUCAUCUAAUGACAGCAAGAAGCUUUCUGAUUUGAAGUCUUUUAAAUCAACUAGAACUUUCUUAUUGGAUUCUGCUUUAGUUUCCUAAUAAGCACUGCAGAAACAAAAGGAAAGCCUAGGAAUAUGAAACUCAUUAAAAAGAAAAGGCACAUAGUGAUCUGACAUAAAUACUAUGCCAACCAUUGUGGGUAUAACAAUUCAUUUCCUAAAUUGCACUGUGCCUUCCCAAUGAUGUCAAACCCAAGAAGUGUUACAGAGAUAAUCGUUCUAUUUUUUUUUUUUUUUAAAAGGACGAGCUCUGUGUUGGUCUGCACUGACUCGAUUUAGGUAUGGAAGUAGGUUCUAAAAAGUGAUCUGUUUGGUCUAUCUGAUGAGACUAAUUGAUGUCCAUGUGAUGGGCAUUUAUUCAUCUUUAUUAGCAAAGUUUUAAAGAUGAACAGAUCAUCAAGACCCCUACAUCUUUUGGCCAACUAUGUAUUUUGGCAGAGUAUGUGAAGAGGAGACCUAAUUUCCAAAUGAAGGGACUUUGCCUUUUUCUGUCAUGUUGAAAAGCUGAUAUACUAUGUAAGCGAUACUCCUUCCCUUAAAUGUGCCUUUCUUAGCUUUGGAUAUGUUGAAAGAGAUAAUAUCUUUUAAGGAAUAUGUGUCAAGCAGGAACCUUGGCAUGGAGUGGUUUCAAUGGUUUUAAGGUUUAAUUAAUGAAAUAUCUUUAUCAGCUUUCCAAACUUUUUUUAUAUAUGAAUACAACAGACCAAGGAGCUGGAUCUCCUGCUAUACUCACAUACCUGGUACCUAUCAACUAAAGCUGUCAUCACUGACUUGGGCAAAUGGCAAAAAAUAAAAUAAAAUCUUUGUUUGAAUUAGCCAGUAGGGUCUGACACAUACUAACAAGGUUCUUGACUAACAUUUCAGUAUUUCAGCACCUUAAGCAUGAUAAAUUUCAAUCAGUCAACAAUAAAGUGAGUGUUUCAACUAGACUUGUUGUCUUGCUUGUUUUUACUGCUUGGUGAUCAAAAAAAGAUUCAGUCAUUAUGACUAUUAAUUGCAGUAGUA